GCCGUUGGUCGUUGUCCGUGGCUUUCUAAGCUUCGUACCUUAAUUUCGAAAUUCGAAUAGCUUCAUCCUUCCACAAAACAUCACAUAAUCUACCAUAUUUCAUCACGUCGCAUCGCACGGCACGGCGUAUGUAACCGUGGCCAUUUUCGUAAUCCGAAUCGAUCCCAUUUAUUUGUUUACAUCGGUAAUCACUGGCCUCCUCCGCCAUCAAUAAGCCCUUCGUCGCGCAACUGUUCCCUUGAUUCGUCACCUUCGUUGAUAGACGCAUCGACUCGUUCUAUCUCAAGAUGCCCGGUCUGGUCACCGCUACUGGCGUGCUAGCCUUUUUGGCCGACGAGGAACCCGAGCUCAAGGUCUUCGCCCUGCAGACACUUAACGAUGAUAUCGACACCGUUUGGUUCGAGGUCGCCAGCGCUCUAGGUCAGAUCGAGGCUCUGUACGAGGACGAAUCUUUCCCCGAACGCAAGCUAGCUGCUCUCGUCCUGUCCAAAGUUUACUAUCACCUCCAAGCCUACGAUGAGAGCAUGUUCUUUGCCCUGGCCGCGGGCGAGCUCUUUAAGCUAGACAACCCCGGCGAGUUUGAGGAGACUAUCAUCUCCAACUGCGUCGACCACUACAUCGCUACCAAGAACGAGAACCACACCGUCGUCAGCAAGAAGGAUACUUCCCUGCCCGCUCUCGCCACUGCGUUUUCCAGCACUGCCAUCGACGGUAGUGCUUCCGCUCUGAUCUCGCCUACGACGCCCUUCUCCCAGUCCACCUUGCCCUCCAAGUCUCUUCUUUCUCGCGCUUCCACCGACAAUACCAUUCUCGAGCCUUCUUUCGAGCCGCAGAAGAAACAGCACCGGUCGUCCUCCGUCGCUUUGACCAACAAUGAGCUCGAUACCCGACGCGCGAUUGACAAUGUUAUCGAACGUCUGUUCGAGAGCUGUCUGAAGGAGAGGCGUUAUCAGCAGGUCGUGGGCAUCGCCGUCGAGGCGAAGCGGCUCGAUGUCGUCAGCAAAGUGAUCCAGCGCGCCGACGACGACUACAAGCGCAAUAAGGGCAAGUCAACCCAAGACGACGCCAUGGGUCCCGCCGAAGAGCUUCUAGACUACUGUCUGGGCAUCUGCAUGGACGUUGUGCAGGAGCGAGCUUUCCGUGACGACAUUCUGCAGCUCAUCCUCGACAUUCUCGCUAGCGGUCGCGCCAAGGAUCCCGACUACUUCUCCAUCGCCAAGUGCAUCGUCUACCUAAACAAGGACGAGCAGGCGCGCACCGUCAUCCAGCACCUCGUCAAGGCCGAGACUAUAGAAGCCACCGCCAUAGCCUACCAGUUCGCCUUCGACCUAUACGACAACGGCACGCAAGGCUUCUUAGGUAAGGUCAUAUCAGGUUUGCCGAAGGGCGAGCCUGUUCAGAAGAAGGUCGACGACGCUGCUGGCGAAGCCGAGAGCGACCCUCUUCUAAGCAACGACGCCAACGCUGGCGACGCCGAGUCCGCGGAAGUGGAUGAGAAGAAGGCCGCGAUCUACAAGAACAUCCGCUCCAUCCUCGAUGGUACCAAGACUAUCAAGCUCAACCUCGAAUUCCUCUACCGCAACAACCACUAUGACCCUUACAUCCUGGCCAAGGUCCGUGACAGCUUGGAGGGCCGGAAUUCCAUCUUCCACACCGCCGUCACCUUCUGCAAUGCCUUCAUGAACCAGGGUACGACAAACGACAAGUUCUUCAGGGACAAUUUGGAAUGGCUAGGUAAAGCCGUCAACUGGUCCAAAUUCACCGCUACCGCAGCCUUGGGCGUGAUCCAUCGCGGAAAUCUCUCACAGUCCAAGAAGCUCUUGGAGCCUUAUCUCCCUCGGGGCGCCGGCGGUAUCAGCGGCGGUUCCCCGUACUCCCAGGGCGGUGCUCUCUAUGCGUACGGCCUCAUCCACGCGAACCAUGGCGCCGACGCCCUAGAUUACCUCAAGACCCAGUUCACUGCUGCCGAAGAGGAAGUCAUCCAGCAUGGUGGCGCCCUCGGGCUGGGUCUUGCCGGUAUGGCGAGCGGGAACGAGGAGAUCUUCGAGAACCUCAAGGCCGUCCUCUACGCCGAUUCCGCUCUUAAUGGUGAGGCUGUCGGUCUCUCUAUGGGCUUGAUCAUGCUAGGCACCGGCAACGUCAAGGCGUUAGAAGAUAUGGUCGCUUACGCGCACGAAACGUCUCACGAGAAGAGUGUGCGAGGCUUAGCGUUGGGUAUGGCCUUGAUCAUGUACGGCCAGCAGGAGGGCGCGGAUGUUAUGAUAGAGGGUCUCCUAAACGACCCGGAUCCAACGUUGCGAUACGGCGGCAUCAUGACCGUGGCGAUGGCCUACUGCGGCACCGGCAGCAAUAAGGCCAUCCGAAAGUUGCUACACGUCGCCGUCAGCGACGUCAAUGAUGACGUGCGACGGAUCGCCGUCAUGAGCUUGGGCUUCAUUCUAUUCCGCAAGCCUGGUAGCGUCCCCCGUAUGGUCGAGCUCCUCUCUGAGUCGUACAACCCUCACGUCCGUUAUGGUUCGGCUAUGGCGCUCGGUAUCUCGUGCGCCGGAACCGGAUUGGACGAGGCUAUCGACCUGCUAGAGCCUAUGAUGAAGGAUCCUACCGAUUUCGUCCGACAGGGCGCCCUGAUCGCCUUAGCCAUGAUCAUGAUCCAGCAGAACGAGGUGAUGAACCCCAAGGUCGCGGCGAUCCGCAAGACUUUGAAGAAGGUAGUCGGCGACCGCCACGAAGAUGCUAUGACCAAAUUCGGCGCGGCCCUCGCUCUAGGUAUCAUCGACGCCGGCGGACGCAAUUGCACGAUCGGACUGCAGACCCAGACCGGCAACCUCAACAUGGCCGGCGUUGUGGGCAUGGCCGUAUUCACUCAGUACUGGUACUGGUUCCCGUUCACCCACUUCUUGUCCCUGGCUUUCAGCCCGACCUCGAUCAUCGCCCUCGACCACGACUUGGAUAUCAUUGACGUCAAAUUCCAUUGCGCUACGAAGCCGAGUCUCUUCGACUACCCUCCAGAGCAAGAGGUCAAGACUGAGGAGGGCCCGACGAUGAUCGCCACCGCCAUCCUAUCGACCACCGCCCAGGCGAAGCGGCGAGCUCAGAAGAAAGAGAAGGCGCAGCGACGAGAGAGCAUGGAUAUCGAUUCCACCACUACCCCGACUAUCUCCAAGCCUAGCGCUAGUGGCGAAAAGAUGGAUAUCGACUCGAAGGGUAAGCCGAGCGAGGAGGUGAAAGACAAGAAAGAGGGCGAGACUCCGGCGCCGGGUGAGAAGGAAAGCUCGACACCUCCGACGGACGUCAAGAAAAAGGCGGAGAAGGAAAAGGCCGGCUACGACAUCGAGAACAUGAGCCGAGUCCUGCCGGCACAGCUCAAGUAUAUCAGCCUCGCCAAGGGCCGUUACUGGCCUGUCAAGCUGGUGAGAGCUGGUCCAUUGCCGACCGGUGGUCCCAUACUUCUUCACGACAUGCAGCCCGAGAAGGAAAAGGCGCUUAUCGAGGAGAAGCUGAAGGUGAUGACGACAGAGAAGGCACCCGUCGCCGGUGCCGGCAGCGGUCAGAACCGCAACCCUCGAACUGUCGAGGAAGCCCUCCUGAGCCGGCUUGGUCGGGACCCUCUCGCUACUCCGAGUCGGAACACCAGCGGCGCUGCGGCGGCAGCCGGUGUUCUGACCGCCGUCGACGAGGAUGCCGAGGGAGACGAAGAAGCGGAGCCGCCCAACGACUUCGACUACUACACCGACGAGGAGGAAGACGACUAAUCGGUCGUCCGAAGAAGUCGACGGCGUGUACUUAUACCUUGCUUGUAACAUAGAAAGGCCCCUCGCGGGCGAUAAUAGCAAACUAGAAAGCCUUCAAGGCUUAGACCGCGUCGUAUGUCCGAGUAUCGGUCUGAAUUAGUCUUGGUUCCCAUAUGUGACGCGACGGAGAAUAACCUGGUGUAAGAAGACGAUUGCUUCCUGUCAGUGACGUCAAACGCCUUCUGUUUUUCCAAACAAUUCGAUAGCCGUUUACGUUCACA